UCCAGCCGACCAGCGCCACCCACGCAGUCUCUCUUCCCCAAAAUAUAUUUUUCAAAUCUUUUUCUUUUAAAUUUCCGUCUGUCCAGUCAAAGUCAUAACACUCAAAGGCUGCACAUAUAAUACAAGCAACAGCCAUGAAUAUCUGAUCCCCAACCCUCUAUCAUAUCUAUGCUCGCCAUUAUCACGCUCACAGAUUUUGAUUCCCAAAAGUAUUCGCUGGAAUCAUCAUCGUCAUUAUGGAUCUGAAUGAUAAGAGAUCAUUUAUUUCAGCAGUAGAAGAACUCGACGAACAAGUAAUAACCGAGAGUAGCGGCUGCGGUCUCUUAGCAUCGUCAAACCAGGAGAAAUGCUGUACCGAUUGUCAAACUACUAGAACACCUCUCUGGAGAGGCGGACCUUCUGGUCCGAAGUCGCUAUGCAAUGCCUGCGGUAUCAAAUACAACAAAAAGAGGAGGACGCAAAUGAGUGGAAUUGAUAAAAGCGGAAGAAGCAUAUCGAAAGGUGCCAAACGAAACGAAGAUUUGAAGAUGAAAGUCCGAUUGAUGGUAAUUAAUCGAAAACAACAAAAGCAGCAGAAGAGGAUGAGAUCAUCGUAUGAAAGAGGGAAGCCAUGGUGGAACAAGCUUCGGGAAGAAGAACAGGCUGCCAUACUGUUGAUGGCUAUCUCAUGUGGUGGAUCUCUCUACUCAUGAUUGAUUUUUGGAAAUUGAUAUUUGGGUGAAGUUGAAGAACCCUAACUAAUCCUCCUGUUACAUGCCUAACCCUAAUUAAGAAGGUGCAAAUUUUUCCUUCUUGUUCUUUGUUUACUAAUUUGUACCUUUAACUUAUCUUUAAUUGUUGAUUAUUUUCGUUGCAA